ACUGCAGCAGCUCGCAGCUCGCCUCGGAACCCGGACCGCUGGCAGGAGUACCGGAAUAUCCACCCGUUGUAGUAGGUUACUAUGAUCCUUUUCCUGUUUGGCGCGUGCCUUGCUCUGGUCAGAUGCACGGACCUCACCACAGCAGGCAGCGUUUUGCUAAACUCAAACGCCAUUAAGCUCGGUCCAGCUGUGGCAGUCAGCGCGAGCCCAGUCCAAGUCCUCUUUGACAGCGGGAAUCAGAACUUUGCCAUUGAUACGGUGCAGCCUUUCCUGUGCGUGGCCGACGAGGACUGCGGAGACGAGGAGUUCUGUUUCUUGUCCCGCGGCGCUUGUCUUCAGUGCAAGAAGCGCAGAAAGCGUUGCAUCCGGGAUGCUAUGUGCUGCCCUGGCAACCACUGUAGCAAUGGAGUGUGCCAACCAGAUGACUUUGUUCUACAAGCUGGAGCAGAAGGACACGCGCUUGUCAGCACUCCGCACAACAACACCACCACAGUGGUACCACAGCUAGAAGCAACUCAAAACAUCAAAGGUCUGGAGGGGGAGAACUGUCUGAGGUCAUCGGACUGUUCCGAAGGCCUGUGUUGUGCCCGUCAUUUUUGGUCAAAGAUCUGCAAGCCUGUUCUGAAGGAGGGCCAGGUCUGCACCAAGCACAAGCGCAAAGGAACUCAUGCCCUAGAGCUCUUCCAGCGCUGCGACUGCGGGGAAGGAAUGUCCUGCAAGGUGCAAAGGGGAGACGACAGCAAGUCCUCUCGGAGUCUCCACACUUGCCAGAGACACUGAAGUACAGGUUGCUAGCAAGGAUUGGUUUUUGUUGUUGUUUUGGUUUUGUUUUGUUUUGUUUUGUUUCUGAAAGCUCCUGGGGAGUGGGACCAAUCUAAACAGAGAAAAAGGUGCAGUCGGUGGAAGAUGGAUUUUGGAUGGGAUACUCUGGUUUUUUUUUUUAUUUGUUUCUAUCUCUAAUUCAUGUCAACAUUGCAGAGUAGAUAUAAAUGUUUCUCUAUGAAACUUGGCAUUCAAUGGUUGCAGUACAUUACUGUAUUGUAAAUACUAUAAGGAAGUUGGCACUUAGCUCUGUUUGGUUGUCAACACAAAGAUAUUGAGGAUGCCUCUCACCUUUACCAGUUUAGCGUAAAUGUAUAUACAGAUAUUCACAAUCAUAUAGAGUCUGAUAUAUGUCUAUUUUUAUUCUAAAUAAAGAGAUAAUGAUAUUUGA